AUGGAUAUUGAUGGACAGGAAAACCAGUUUGAAGGAGAGAAUCACGUACCUAUUGAAGAGAUGGAGAAGUUGAAGGAGCUCACUUUUUGGGGAACGAUAUUGGAUAACGAUGAUGAUCAAGAUGGAAAGCCAAAGGCCAUAAAAGAAAGCCGUCAAGAUACUGAUCAUCAUCUAGACCUUCGUAUCUGUGACCUUUGUGGCAAAACAUUCAGUGGUGGAAAGGCUUUGGGAGGUCACAGAAGAUCACACUUUCAGACUAAGAAAGCUGUGGGGUUCUCAAAGAACAUCAAGAAAAGAGACGUAGCAGGUGCUGAUUUGAGAAUGGAUUAUGAAAUGAUCAAUGGUAAUCGAUGCCGCAUAUGCAACAAGGAUUUUCCAUCAAUGCAAUCGUUGUUCGGGCACAUGAGGUCUCAUCCUGAAAGGAGUUGGAGGGGGAUUCAGCCUCCUAUACUUCCGUCAAGAAGAAACAGUAUUUCUAGCUCAAGCACAUCAGAUUCUGUGGAUGAUGAUCACAAUAUAACUUCUACAGAUAAACGUAUGGCACCCAAUGUUGAUCUCUUGAAGUCUCUGUCCAACUGGUCUCAGACUGAGAGAAGAGGGCGGGGAAACAUUGGUAGCGCUUGGGCUGCUGAGAUUAUCAUGUCUUUUUCUAGAGAAAAAGAUUCACCUAUUCCCAAACAUUCAGUCUCGUGCAUGGAUCAAAGAGUUGAUCCUUCUGCAGUAGUAGUACUAGAGGAACGAAGGAUGAAGAAACUUAAGACAGUCUCGUGCACGGAUCAAAGAGUUGAUCCUUCUGCAGUGGUAGAGGAACAAAGGAUGACGAAUCUUAAGAUCCAUGGAAGUGGUACUUCCGGCAGAAAGGAAGAUGAAGAGAAGAAGAUUGCUGAAGGUGGGAUGCCAGAUAAACCCUCUAAAGAUAGGUAUCAGAUUGGUCAAAAGAAGAUGAACAAGAAGAAAAUCUUGAAGUGUUGGGAAGAGACGUUGAUGAGGAAUUCAGACAUGGAGGAAGACGUUGAUCAUGACUUGAUUGAUAGAACUCAGAAGGCCGUGCCAUACUCAUGUUAUGAAUGCAGUGAUUGUGGUAAAUCCUUCCCCACUUUUCAAGCCUUGGGUGGUCACAGAUCCAGCCACAACAAAGAUAAGAUGCAAAAAUCAAAUGCAUCAUUACAUGAAGCUGCUCCAGCUAGGGAUCAGGAGAAAACCAGUGCCAAUAUUAAUCAUAGAUCAUGGCCGUAUCGGACAGGAGGAGUUGCCGAAACUCCAUUGAAUAAAGGAGCAUCACCAGCAGAAGCCAAGAGUACCCAGUCUGCUGCAAAAAUAGCAUCCCCAAAAGAAGCCAGUACUAGUACUGAUCAGAGUGGUGUGAGAAGAUUAACAAUGGGUUUUGAUCUUAAUAAACCUCAUUUUAUGGAGGAUCUUGAAGAUGUUUGA